AGUCCUUCAAAAAUACAAAUCGAAAAUAUGCACUAUUUUCAUUGCCAGGAAUAAUCACUCAGCAUUCACAAGACUUGAAGGUCUCACAUUAUUUUUGUACUUAUCUUUUCGGUGCACCAAAUACAAAAGUUGUUAAAGUGAAAAUGGCCCAGAGGACGCCGAAAACGUCCAUAACGCAAGUGGAUAUCCUAUUGACUGGAGCCAGAUAUGCUGGGACCAGCAAUGAAUUGGGCAUGCAGGAAUUUGGGGUCUAUUUGUAUCCGGAUGGCACACGCUACACGGGAGAAUUCCUCAACAAUCGCUUCCACGGCAGGGGCACCAUUCAAAUACCAGAUCCCUCGGGAAUCACCUACCAUGUGACCCACAGGCAUGGCAGGCUGAAGACGAUUGAUCAAAUGAAGUUUAACGAUUCACUGCCCGUGGACUUUGAGGUGAUGGAUCAUGGCUCGCUUUGCUUCGACUCCUGGCCGUAUUGCACUGCGAUGGAUCGUCGCUUCUACCAGGAGACCAAGGGACCUCUGGAUCCCGUCGGUCCGAAUAAGUUUAAGUCCAAGGAUGGAGCCAAUCCUCUCAACUUGGGACGCAAUGUUUUUGACUUCGGCUUCGGGCUGCUGGGCAAUCGUGGCUUCAUGCUGGACACGAAGACGUUCAGCAAAGAGAGUUCCUAUAUGGGCUGUCGGGAGGCCCGUCGCUGGACCCGGGAGAACUGCCCCCAUGGACCGCUCUGGAAUCGCCACCACAAGCAACGGGUCAAGGCCCAAUUUGCCCGCGAGAUCAUCCAGAAUAAUUGGGAGAAUGCCGGCUGCAUCCGGAAGCGCACCAUGCCCAAUGUCCGCAUCUGUCAUCGCUCCACCAGCCUGGACAGCUUCGGAUCGGCCCGUCUCCACUUGGCCAGCACCACGGACACCUGCUCCUCGGAGGUCCAGGCCAUGAGGAUGCCCCGCCACGAGUUGCGCAGCAAGUGGAGGCGAUCGAAGAGCGAGAGCAACGUGUGCCGCAUCAAUUGAUGAUCCUUAGAUUUUUGUUUAUUUCGGUUCUACUUUCCAUGUGACUAAAAAAUUAAUAUAUUGUGUAUAGUUGACCCACA